CUCUGUGUGACAACAUGUUCAUCGGCGCUCGGCGCUCUGGCUGUGUGUGGCUCUCUGGCACGCUCUUUCUCGUCUCUGGCUCGCACGCCGCUGUGUGAUUUGACAACCGGCGUACAGUGCCCGAUUGUGUGUUCGUACGCGUCCAGUCCAUGCAGCAGCCAGCGCAGAAUAUGGAGCGCUCCGAACGCUGGGUGCGGUUCUUGGAGCAGUACAGCCAGCUGCCGCAGCUGUGGGACUUUGAGUCCAGCGAGUACAAGGACCAGCGGUGCAAGGCGGCUGCCUAUGCCAGUCUGCUGGAGGUGUAUCACGAGAUCGAUGCGGAGGCCACGGUGGAUGCCAUGCGGCGGAAGAUCAACAGCAUGCGGACGUGCUACCGCAGGGAGUUGCGCCGCGUGAAGGAGAGCAAGAAGUGGGCCCUCAAGCCCGAGGACAUCCAUGUGCCACAGUUGUGGUACUUUGAUGCACUCAACUUCUUGCACGACAAGGUGGGACUCCGGGCGAGGCGGCGCUCGAGAUCCAAGGACGACACGGACUGGGAGGAGGAGGAUGACCACGAAUUGGACACUCAUCCAACACCCAACACUCACGACGAUCGGCAGCAUUCCAUUGUGAAGUUGGAGCCGUAUGUGAAGAUGGAGCUGUGCUCAUCGCCACCCACACAGAGUUCCAGUCAGACUGCCCUGAAGCGUGCCCGUUCUGUGAGCAGGGAGCUGGCACCUCCAUCAGAUGCCCGCCAUAGCCGCGACGAGGCUGCCAUCUAUGCCGAGGGCUGGGCGGUGGCCUAUCGAAAGAUGAACGAGGGCCAGAGGCUGCUGGCCAAAAAGGCCAUCGAGGAGGUGCUUAUUUUGGGCCAACUCAACAAAUUGCAGUUCAACGCAGUGAAGAUGCCACCCAGGGAGGAUUAGUAGCGGAUAUUUCCGAGGAGAAAUGGAAGAUGCCAAGAUGGAAAUUCUAAAGGGAAUGGAAAGCGGAAGCCGCCUUUGAGUAUUAAAUGAUGAGGAAAGAGGUACAAGUUACUUAAGUGUUUCUCCGGUAGAAAGAUUGCUUAAGAAUAUAGCAAAAAUGCAUAUAAAAUUUAUGAAUGAACAAAAAAU